AUGACUGAAAAAACAGAUAUCGAUCUUGAAAAUAUUCAUCCUGAUUAUGAAUUCGGAAAGAGAAAUUUUAUGGAUAAAGCUAAAGCAGGUCGACUUAAGCUUUUGAAAUAUCUUAGAAACCAUAAUGUUUUAUGUGUAUUUUUAGAUGGGAUGAUUGGUUCUUCUAUUAUAGGACGUUAUGGAAAAAUACAUUUUAUAAUUUUGAUUAGACAUUGGAGUGAAUGUUCGAGAAGUUCUGGAACUUUUAGAUUUGAAAAAUUUAUGAAAAGUAUUGAUGAGAUUCAUCCAGAAUUUAUAAAGAUUUAUUUUUGUACUCUUGAAGAAAACAAAAAUAUUCAUAAAGAUAUUGAAAAAUAUAAUAAAAAAUAUGAAAAAACAAUGUUAUAUUAUUUCGAUACUCUAGAAAAUAUCUUGGAAAAUUUAAAAGAAUUAAAUAACGGUGAAGAAUUUAACCCAAUAGUAAAAUCAUAUGAUAUACCUUUUAGAAAAUUAAAAGGAGGAAUUAUUCAAAAAUUAAAAAAUAUUGGAUUUAAAACAUGGCGUUCAUUUGUUUUUAAUAUAGAAUUUGAUAUUUUUAAGGAUUAUGAUAUUGGAUAUCCGGGAUUUGAAUAUUAUGGAAUAUAUGAUAAUUAUCAUUUCAUAAUUAAAGAUGAGC